UGCACUUUGGAAGUCGUUAAUCACUGCUUCUCUGUGACGUUUCAGUUGCUGGCUCUAGCUACCCAAUUAUCGCGAUAAUAAAAUCCAACAGCCAAUCAGUCUGAGGAAUUGCUCCCCGCUGCAAGGAGGUUACCACAAUAGAGAUGAGGCGUCUAGCUGCCAUAAGUUGUUUGCUGAUUGUGGUUUGUUUGUGUCCCAUCAAUGCGAAAGUUUUCCAGAAGUGUGCUUUGGCAAAGCUUUUGGACAGUUAUCAAAUUUCUAGGUCACUGAUUUCAAACUGGAUCUGCAUGGUGAAUGCCGAAAGUGGCGCCGAUACUUCGAAGAAGGUUACUUUGGACAAUCAAACUAGCAGCUAUGGGAUCUUUCAGAUCAACAGCAAAGAUUGGUGUCGCGCGGGACGCAAAGGUGGCAAGUGCAACAAAAACUGCGAAGCAUUCCUGACCGAUGAUAUUAGCGAUGACAUUGAGUGUGCCAAGCAGAUACACAAGGAUCAAGGUUUCUCCUACUGGAAGGGAUGGGUCAACAAGUGCAAACAGAAACCCCUGCCGGACAUCUCCAUGUGUUGGAACUGAGACCGGUCGAAGGCAAGUGGGGCUACUUGAAAACUGCGGGUGGUUGAAUGCAAAUGUUUGGGACGGGACGGAUAUUGCUCAGCUGAUCGAUGGAUGAAAUUAAUAAAGUUGAAAUAUAAAAUAUACAAUGUUAUAGAG